GUACUGUUCAUGGAGCCCGACGGUUCGCAGAGGGACGAGGUGUGGAAGAUCAAGCCUUACCCGCGGAAAGGCGACGAGUUUUGCCUCAGCCACAUCACGGAGUUGACGGUGAAGUCGAGCAAGGUGGCCGCCGAGUGCACCAGGUACCACGACGUGCCCCUGGUGAUCUUCUCGCUCACCGGCUACACGGGGAACCUCUUCCACGACUUCACCGACGUGAUCGUGCCGCUCUUCACCACGGCCAGCCAGUUCAACGAUGAGGUCCAGUUCCUCAUCACGGACAUGGCGCUCUGGUGGACCAUCAAGUACCACACCCUGCUCCAGAAGCUGUCCAAGUACCCCUUGAUCGACUUCAGCAAGGACGACCAGGUGCACUGCUUCAACUACACCAUAGUCGGCACGCACGCCUACAUGGAGUUCACCAUCGAUGCCUCCAAGUCACCGCACAACGUCACCAUGGUCGAUUUCAACCGGUUCAUGUGCGCCGCCUACUCGCCGCCCAAGGAAACCGCGGUGGCGCUCGGGGAGAGCCCCAAGGUCAAGCCCAGGCUGCUCAUCAUCAAGAGGCACCGCACCAAGAUGUUCCUCAACCUGGAGGAGAUCAUCGCCAUGACUGAGGAGCUUUAA